AUGGGAGGACGUCACAGCAAAUCUUCCACUGGUGGCGGCGGUGGGACGUUUGUUACAUAUGCUGACAACGACCCGUUAAUCGUGGCUGGGGGCGGAGGCGGGGUGGAAACCCUCACGGGCAGACAGGCUGUGUGCAGCGGCACAGCGCGUAACGAUGGCAACCGUGGGUUUGGAGGAUCAGCUUGGCCAGGUGGACGUAACGGACAGGGUGCUUCGACAGCCGACUCAAGCAAUUCUGGUGGAGGAGGUGGCGGUCUACUCACGGACGGGAGGAGCAGUGCUAAGUANACAACUCCUGCGGCGGGGGAGGAGGCUCCUACAACGCUGGGACAGACCAGAUGGGCAACGACGGGGAAAAUGAGGGACACGGAUACGUCGUGCUCACCAGACUGGUUCCGAAAUGUGACAUUUACAAAUCUCGGUGCGACGGGACGACUUGGGCCGACUUCAGUGGGUAAACAUUACGACGGUCAGGACCAUCAGGGCAAGGUGACCUUAGAGAACGGGACACAGCUCUUUACCAUCCCUGUCUCCGGUCUCUACAGGAUACGUGCCGCUGGUGCUGCAGGGGGAUGUGACUUUAGGGGAUGUCAUUACCGUAGUCAAGGCGCUGUUGUAGCUGGGACGUUCAAUUUAAAAGCGGGUCGUCAACUUAAAAUCCUGGUCGGCCAAAUGGGAGAACGUCACAACACAUCUUCCAGUGGCGGUGGCGGUGGAACGUUCGUCACAUAUGUUGAUAACGAUCCAUUGAUCGUGGCCGGAGGAGGAGGUGGGAUAGAGCAGCUUAAGAUCGUACAGGCUGUGUGCAGCGGCACGGCGCGUAACGAUGGCAACCGUGGAUUUGGAGGGUCGGCUUGGCCGGGUGGGCGUAACGGACAGGGUGCUUCGACAGCCGACUCCAGCAAUUCAGGGGGAGGUGGGGGCGGUCUACUCACGGACGGGAGGAGCAGUGCAAAGUACGGCGGGUCCGGGACAGGAGGCGAGGGCGGAAAAGCGUUUGUGAACGGCGGUGCAGGAGGAAGAACCCACUACUGGCCGGAUGCGCGGUAUAACACAGCGAACGGUGGGUUCGGGGGAGGGGGCGGUGCCUACGGGUAUGGCGGAGGAGCGGGCGGAGGGGGCGGCUACUCUGGCGGGGCGAGUGGGGACAAUAACCCCAACUCCUGCGGCGGGGGAGGAGGCUCCUACAACGCCGGGACAGACCAGGCGGGCAACGACGGGGAAAAUGAAGGACACGGAUACGUCGUGCUCACCAGGCUGUAA